UGAUGAUAAAAUUAGGGCAGAGAGAGAGAGAGAGAGAGUGUGUCACGAGUUGCGGAUAAGGUUGAGGUUCUCAGAGUCUACUUUGUGGUGCGAAACAUUUAAGGAUAAUUUUGUAUGUGUUUGAUUUUGAUUUGAUCUAAGUGCCAGGAGGUUAUUCCUGAAAUUAGAAAUUGAAGAAGAAGAAGAAGAAGAAGAAGAAGAAGGAAUUGUCUGUUACAGUACCACCACUGAUUCACUCAUAUUAUUCUAUUUGUAAUUUCUUCUUGUUCUUGUUUGAAUGGCGAAUGUACAUGAGGCAGUCGUGAGACUGGUUGUUGCGCUACUGGUUGUUACUCUCUUAUCUGGUCCGAUCUGCAUAUUUGGAAAACAAUCGCAAUCGGCGCUGAGAUUCGAUAGAAAUGGGGAGUUCAGAAUAUUGCAGGUUGCGGAUAUGCACUAUGGGGAUGGCAAAACCACCCCUUGCGAGGACGUGUUGCUGGGACAGGUCCGCGGUUGCUCAGACCUCAAUACCACCGCCUUCCUCAAACGCAUGAUCCUCGCCUUCAACCCUCACCUCAUCGUUUUCACUGGGGACAAUAUCUUUGGAUUUGAUGCAACAGAUGCAGCUUCUUCCAUGAAUGCUGCUUUUGCCCCUGCAGUAUUGGCCAACAUCCCUUGGGUUGCUAUUCUGGGAAACCAUGACCAAGAAUCUACCCUUUCAAGGGAAGGGGUGAUGAAACAUAUUGUUGGUUUGAAGAACACCUUAUCUCAGCUUAAUCCUCCCGAGGUGCAUGUCAUUGAUGGUUUUGGGAACUAUAAUCUGGAAAUCCAUGGGAUUGAGGGUUCAACUUUUGCAAAUAAGUCAGUUCUCAACCUCUACUUCCUUGACAGUGGUGAUUACUCGACAGUUCCCUCCAUCCCUGGUUAUGGCUGGAUCAAACCCUCUCAGCAGUUUUGGUUCCAGCGCACUUCCAUGAAGCUUCGGAGAGCAUACAUGAACAAGCCAGAGGCCCAGAAGGCUCCUGCCCCAGGUCUUGUAUACUUUCACAUUCCAUUGCCUGAAUAUGCAAGUUUUGACUCAUCAAACUUCACGGGUGUUAAACAAGAAAGCAUUAGCUCUCCUUCUGUAAACUCUGGCUUCUUCACAACUAUGGUGGAAGCGGGUGAUGUGAAGGCCGUUUUUACUGGCCAUGAUCACGUCAAUGACUUUUGUGGUGAGCUAACUGGCAUACAUCUCUGUUAUGCUGGAGGCUUUGGAUACCAUGCUUAUGGGAAGGCUGGAUGGGCAAGGAGAGCAAGGGUAGUGGUAGCAUCUAUGGAGAAAACAGAGAAGGGAGGUUGGGGAGCUGUAAAGUCUAUCAAAACUUGGAAGCACCUCGAUGAUGAAAAACUCACUACUAUUGAAGGUCACGUGCUUUGGAGCAAGAGUUCUGUUGGUGACCGCAGGAAGAAACAGAUUGGACGUGCUUAAGUGAUAUGCAGUAGUAUAAUUCAUACAUUAAAUGGCUGUGGAAGCAAAGAUUUACAUCCGGGUCAAUUGGAAUGUUGUAGUUUUGUAGUGUUGUAUUAAUAUUCUGAUAUAAUGUUUUAGACUUAUGAGAACAUUAUACAACAUUUUUACAGAAAUUAUGAAACUAUGUUACGCAAUAAGAUCAAGAAUAAAAUGGAUAAAUUUUGUAUGUA